GCUCAGACUCACACAGUGUAUGAGAGAGUAUUGCUGAAGCAUUUGCUCUGGUGGUUGGGAAGUCAUGAGAUUAGGAACAUCAUGUUUAAUCCUGGUGACCUGCUUCAUUUGGAGACUGUCCCCAGCUUGGUCUUGUUCGAGGAGUUCUUCCGUUCAAAAAAGUCAUGACCUUACAGAUGUGGACGAGUGUGAGGAUGAAGAUGUGUGUGGCAAGAAUGCAACCUGUGUUAACUCCUUUGGGAGUUACCAUUGUAUCUGUCGGGCAGGAUUUCAGCCAGUUGCAGAACAGACAGGAAAGACCUGCACAGCUCAACCUCUCAACUGUCCCAACCCAGAAAAGCCAAACAAUUCCACCCUCACACAGUGUGGUGGGAAGCAUUCACAAACUCUCAAACAGACAAACUCGGAGGGUAUUGGGUCUUGUUCUGCAAUGGAAGCAGCUCACAAAUUACUUAACAAAGUCUGUCAGAAUUUCAGCGUCACAGGGGAUCUCCAGGCUGUCACAAACUUGACAAAUGGUUUACUCAAUAGGAAUUCACGGCUACAGAACAUGACGACCAGUCAGCGGUUAAAUGUCGUAGCGACCAUCUUGGAUCUUUUGGAGAAUACAGCAAUGGCUAUCGCUUUGACUUUGCCCAGAGGAGAAACAAACUCAAUCUCAGAAGACUCUUUUGCUGCAAAGAUCCAGGUGACUGGUAAUCAAAGUUUGCCGGACGACUUGGUAAGAAUCGAAAUCUGGAAUAACACCAUGGAGAUAAACUGGAGAACAGUCAUGGGAGCAAAGAACUCUGACUUUGCUGCAGUUGCCUUCUUUGUAUUCAGUGACAUGGAAUCUGUUUUGAACAGCGAGAUCCGUAAAGAUGGGGUCAAGCAAUUGGAAGCAACUGAAGGAACAAGUUGGUUAAACUCCAAAGUGGUAACAGCCAGAAUCAGUAACAAAGCAGCCAGUCGUGAACUGACAGAAAUGGUCAAUUUUACAUUGAAACUCAACCAGGAUACCAAAGAUCACGAGAAGGCUGAAUGUGUUUAUUUGAACAUAACAGACGGGGGAAGUUUCUGGUCUCCUGAGGGCUGCUUCCUGAUUGAUUCCAAUGGAAGCUCCGUAAUGUGCCAAUGUGACCAUCUGACGAGCUUUGCUAUUUUAAUGUCUCCGAUUGAGAUUGAGCAGGAAGGCUGGUCCUUGCUGCUGAUCAGCACAGCCGGGCUCACAAUAUCCCUGCUGUGCCUCGCCGCCUCCAUCGUUGUGUUCACAAAGUGCCGCUCCAUCCAAAAGGCCAACAUCAUCGUGUACAAGCACCUGAGCAUCAACCUCUUCCUGGCACAGCUCAUCUUCCUGACAGGAAUCCAUGUAACAAACAAGGUGGUUUGUGCCCUGGUUGCAGGUUGCCUACAUUACUUCUUUCUAACUGUCUUUGCCUGGAUGUUCCUGGAUGCUUUGCAGAUCUUCAUUGUGUGCAGACACCUCACAGUCACAAAGUUCACUCACACAUACGUCAUCAGACGGAGAUACCUGUAUCCUUCUGGCUACGCUGUCUCUGCGCUGAUUGUCAUUAUAUCGGCAGCAAUCUAUCCCUACGGCUACGGAUCAGAAAAACACUGCUGGCUGAGCUUGGAGAGGGGCUUUCGAUGGAGUUUCCAAGGGCCAGUCUGUUUUGCAAUUGUGGUGAAUAUGGUGUUGUACAUCUGGACACUCUGCUUACUGAGACAUCAUUUGUCUUCACGUGAUGUGAAUGUGUCAAAGAUUAAAGACACCACGACCCUGACCCUUAAGGCAGCUGCACGGUUGUUUGUCCUGGGAAUCACUUGGAUCUUUGGAAUAUUUCAUUUCAACGAGAGCACCAACUUCCUCUCCUACCUAUUCACUAUCGUCAACACUCUCCAGGGCCUCUUUAUUUUCAUGGUCUAUUGUGUUUCCAAUCGCCAGGUGAGGGAUGAAGUUCGGAAAUGGUUCAUCAAGACAAGCACGCACUCAACCAGCAACACCUCAAAUGUUCAGACGAGUUCUCUCGAGGUGAAACGUGAGACUGCAGAAGGCAGGCAAUGUGCAGUGAUGAUGGCUAGUAAGCAGUGGUCGGUCAAACCUGCCGACUGUGGAAUAUCACGUGCAAGCCGAAAGGAUCCCAUGGACCCCAGAACACAUUCUGUGCCCCUCCCCAUCCACCAAUCCUAUCCCAUCUACUUUUCGCUACAAAUAAAACACCAGAAUUAA